ACCAAAUCUCUCAAUCUUUCAAAAAAACUCACUCUCUCUACAUUCAUUCAAACUCCCCUGUUUUUUUGACUAGUCCUCACCAUGGGCAAGUCUUCAUUUGAUGAUGAUCAACAAAACCCAUUAACCAAUCCAUUGAUCCACAAGAACCCAGAUUCAAUUCAUCAACGAAAUUCACAAAAAACCCAUCUUUCUCUUGUUAUCAAAGAAGCAAAAUGCAUUGCCAAUAUUGCUCUGCCUAUGAUAUUUACAGGUCUGUUGUUGUACUCUCGCUCAAUGAUUUCAAUGCUCUUUCUUGGCCGUCUAGGGGAGCUCGCGUUGGCCGGUGGAUCGCUGGCUAUCGGAUUCGGUAACAUCACCGGAUACUCCAUCCUCUCCGGCCUUGCUAUGGGGAUGGAACCAAUUUGUGGUCAAGCUUUUGGUGCUAAAAGAUUCAAACUUUUAGGCCUCACAAUGCAAAGAACAGUGCUUUUGCUUCUCUUGACUUCAAUACCUAUAGCAUGUUUAUGGCUCAACAUGAAAAAGAUUCUCAUUCUUUGUAACCAAGAAGUUGAUAUAGCAACAGAGGCUCAAUCUUAUCUUCUCUAUUCGUUACCGGAUCUUCUCGCGCUGUCGAUUUUGCAUCCUCUGCGGAUAUAUCUCAGGACGCAAUCAAUUACUCUGCCUCUUACAUAUUGUGCAACAUUAGCAAUCUUCCUUCACAUUCCGAUUAAUUACUUUCUUGUUUCUUGGCUCAAUCUUGGCAUCAAAGGAGUUGCAUUGAGCGCGGUUUGGACUAAUUUCAAUCUAGUCGGAUCAUUGAUUGUAUACAUUACAAUCUCCGGAGUGUACAAGAAAACCUGGUGUGGGUUCUCCAAGGAAUGCUUCAAAGGGUGGAAAUGUUUGCUGAAUCUAGCGGUUCCGAGCUGCAUUUCUGUUUGCCUCGAGUGGUGGUGGUAUGAAAUCAUGAUUUUGCUAUGUGGGUGGUUGUUGAAUCCGCAAGCCACGGUUGCUUCAAUGGGAGUAUUGAUUCAAACAACAUCGCUGAUAUACAUUUUUCCUUCUUCGUUGAGUUUUGGCGUGUCAACUAGGGUUGGCAAUGAAUUAGGUGCCAAUAGGCCCAAAAAGGCCAAACUUGCUGCAAUUGUUGGUCUCUCCACAAGCUUCAUAUUGGGAUUCACAGCAUUGUUGUUUGCAAUCAUGGUUAGAAAAACUUGGGCUAGUAUGUUCACAAAAGACACAGAGAUUAUCAAGUUAACGACCAUGGUUUUACCAAUCAUCGGACUAUGUGAGCUUGGGAAUUGUCCACAAACAACAGGUUGUGGAGUCUUGAGAGGUGCUGCUAGGCCGAAAAUGGGAGCAAACAUUAAUUUGGGUUGUUUUUACUUGGUGGGCAUGCCAGUUGCGAUUUGGUUAAGUUUCUUCUGUGGGUUUGAUUUUAGAGGACUCUGGCUCGGCCUCUUAGCCGCCCAGGGCUCGUGUGUGCUAACCAUGCUGUUAGUCCUGGCUCAAACCGAUUGGGAAUGGCAAGCUGUGAGAGCUAAAGAUCUCACCAGAAGCAUAGACAUUGUUGAUGAUGAUGAUUUUGAAGUUACAUUGAAGGAGGAUGAAGCAAAGCAAGAUACUUGUUCCCUUGUUUGACCAGUCAACCUUGCACGAACGGAAGGAAAGCGCGUGGGCAAGAGGGGUGGUUACGAAGAUUGUCUUUUAAAUGGAUUCUAACACGCACGGCCGGUCAGGAUCUUGGACCGCCGACUACGUGAUUGACCUUCUCUCUCUAUUAGAAGUGAUGCAAAUAAACUCUCUAAUCCGAAUUCUGAACGGAAUUGGCUUGCAAAAAAGAAACAACGAUAAUAAAAAAAUACGAGAAUCCACUCACAAAAGGUAGGAAUCACUCUUCAAU